GACAAAUAUCAGAGGAUGUCAUUUAUAUGUGAAGUCUAAAAUAUGAUACAAAUGAACUUAUUUACAAAGCAGAAACAGACUCACAGACGUAGAAUGCAAACAUGGAUGCCAAAGGGGAAAGUGGGUGGAAGGAUAUAUUAUAUAAACCACUAAAUGUAAAGCAAAGUCCUAUUGUAGAGCCCAGGGAUAUAGUCAACAUUCUGUAAUAAAUCAUAAUGAAAAAACAUAUGUAUAGUUUAAUCACUUUUCUGUACACCAGAAACUAGCACAAUAUUGUAAGUCAACUAUAAGAAAAAGAAAGGGAGAAAAGAAGUCUCCCCUUUGGUCAAGCAACUCUAAAUCUAGAAAUUUUUCUGCAGAAAAUAAUAAAGGAUGUGUGGUAGCAUCUCAUCACAAGGGUGCUCGCCUCCAUCUUGUUUAUCUCAGUGUUAGAUACAUCAUAGCCGCAGAUGCUCUGCAGGACCAAAGGUUGCAGAUUUUUUUUUUUUUUUUGGCCAAGCUGAGCAGCAUGUGGGAUCUUAGUUCCCUACCGGGGAUAGAACUUGCGCCCCCUGCAGUAGAAGCAUGGAGUCUUAAACUCUGGAGUCCUCCUCAAGGACUUCUUACUGAAUUGUAAAAUGUUCAGAUAAAGGAGAAGGAAUUAGACUUGCUUCUGAAAUAUGGUUUUCUAAUUUUUCUGUGUUGAACUUGAAUGACAUGUGUUGUUUUUAAAAGAGUUUGCUGAAGGAUGGGUCUGAUUGUGGGCAACAGUGGGAUGGGGCCCAGACUUUUAAAGCUGGUUUGGUCCAUGUUCAGCGAUGGGCCCCAUGAAGAAGGGCCCGCUGAGCAGAGCAGGAUCAUGCAGAGGAUGGGAACCAUGUUCUCGGAAUCACUAAGCUGGUGUCGGGAGAGCCUGGGCUUGGGAGAAAUGCCUUCAAUGAGGAUCAUCUGGAAGAGGUGGCAGCGGUGGCUGUGCUGGGACAUUCUGGAAUGCCAUCAAAGGCCCCACAGGCUGUAGGUUUUGGUCCCCCUGACCCCACUCCAAACUUGUCCCAUGCUGAAGGUCAGUGUCGAUGACCUUGCUGAGAAGAGGCUAAGAGACUGGGGGCUGAGUAUGCUCUGGGGAAGGAGAAAUAGACAUAAGAUUUUGUAUCUAGGGGGCCUGGAAGAGGGGCCCAGAGAGUGGGUGGUGGGGGGGCUCCCACCACGUGCCGGGUCAGGGACCAGAUGACCUCUCCAGAGCCCUUCCAGCCCCACACAAAAGAGUUUCGUCCUUGGAUCCGCUCUGCCUCCAAGAUUCCAAGUUCCUGCUAUUGACUUUGUCAAGAAACCAAACCCUGUGAUCGGUUGCUUUAACAUCUCGGGACCAAUAUCACGUCCUCCAAACUAAAUUUCUCAAUUGUCAUAUUUGUGGCGAGUGCCCUUAGUCCUAGCCGAGGUCAGGCUUGUAUGAUUUCUUAAUUUGGGUGCUCAGUGGGGGCCCCAGGCCAGCAUUCCCUCCCCCCACCUCCAGUCAGCUCGGCUCAGCAGUGGACCCUGGAGGGGCAAACGCCCCCAACCUGAGUGGGACCAGACGCCGUCCCUGUGGAAGGAGGGGUGGCCAGCGUCGUCAGGGAGCUGACCCUGAGGUGCCACAGCUCAGAAGAGAGGCGCCCUGACGAGGACCACUGUGACCGUGCUGCCAAGCUGGAACGGGAAGGGUUUUCUCCCUGCCAGGCCGUCUUUAAACAUCGAAAGCACGCAAGCGCGCUCUCAACAGGCAUCUUCAUGGUGCCCCUCUGCCAUCCCUCUGCUCAUUGCCAUCCCUCUGCCCGUUACUGGGCACUUCCCAGGUGGCGCUGUUAGCAAAAAACCCUCCUGCCAGUGCAGGUAGACAUAAUAGACAUGGGUUCAAUCCCUAGUUUGGGACGAUCCCCUGGAGAAGGAAGUGGCAACCCUCUCCAGUAUUCUUGCCUGGAGAAUCCCAUGGACAGAGGAGCCUGGCAGGCUACAUUCCAUAUAGGGUUGCAAAACGAGUCAGACACAACUAAAGUGACUUAGCGUGCACGCAUGCUGCUCAUCGCCCCAGCUGUUUAAGCCAAAUCUUCUGUGAUCAGUGGACCCAGAACCGGUGUGCUGACACAUGCUCGCCCUCUGGCUGGCCCGUCACUAUCCCUGACUUCACCCCUGCUCUGAUGUCACAGCACAGCAGCUCUGUUGUUUCCGUGGCAGCGGCUGCCAGAGUUCACCAGCUAGGGUGGGUGCUGGGCUGCUGGCGAAGGUGGGGAGCUGCGAUUCCAGCCAACUUUGUGAUGGGUGUCUCACCACCUAUCAAGUCAGCCCAAUGAUUUCAAGACAGCCCUGUAGAAAGUGCUGCUUUCCACCUGGGCCAAUUUCUGCCUCCCUGUAAUGUGUUCUCAGUGGUCUGGUCCAGGCAUCUGGAGACACGCACAGGUCUCGCUUUCCUUGGAACACUCAGGGCAGCGCUGUGCAUCUUCCUUCCGGGUGGGCUUGACCCAAAACAGCCCUGGCACCUGUGGCCUCUCGGCCCCUGGUGCCCUUGAACCUCCGCUCUCUGGGUUCCUACCACCUUCUCUCCAAAGCUGUGUCUGUACAAGUCCCUGACAUGCGAAGAAGCUCGGAGAGAGCUGCUGGACUGAGCCCCAGUCCCGACAAGGAAGCCUGGUUCUCGAGGCAGAACCUUUCGGACAGAUUGCUCCAGGUCCGAGAGAAGGGAGCCUUGGCCCCGCAGAGAAGACAGAAGGACCCCCAGCAGCGGAAGACCCAGCUGCUCCAGCGCUUGGUCGAGGAGCUGAAGGCAGAGUGGCCAGAGGCCCUGGACCAGCAAAUUCGAGGCCUGGGGCGGCUGUACUUAGCGCAUCUGUUGGGCUCGGGGGGCGAACGGGCCGAGGACCAUGAACCCGACUCAGAGGGCUCGGCCCAGCGAGGAGCAGCCAGGUUGCCCAGGGCCAAGGGGAAGCACAGAGUGGCCGCGCGGGAAGAGAAGGGACGCAGGGAGGAGCUGGCCCGGCGGCAACCCUGGUGCGCCACGUCCCGGAGGAGAGCAGUGGACCGAGAGAGGCAGAGGGCCUCCAGAGCCACGGGCCCAUGUCCCCCUUCCUUGAACCCCCCGGAGAGGAGUAAAGGAAAACGAGCGCCUUCCACGAAGACCGGCGGGGGCUGCCGUCACGGGACAGAUGUGAAGAAGCUCUUGGCUGCCACGGAGGGGAUCAAGCACCUGGAGGAACAGGAGAGUGACGCAGCCCGGGAGGGCAGGAGGCAGCUGGGGAAGCGGCCAGCUCGUCGUCAAGGCCCGAAAAACAACUGUCUGGAUCAGAGCCCCGAAGGCAAAACCGACCACCUGGAACAGCUGUGUCCAGUCGGCUUGACCCUCAGAAGGGGGGCCUCGCCGCCCGCGAAGCUUGGGAACAAGAGCAAGUGGCAGAGAGAGCUGGAAUUUGCCUUCGAAGAGUUGUUUGAUACCAACAGGAAGCUGAAAAAACACCUGACCUCGCAGCUGGAUCUCAAGCCCGGGGUGGAGCAGAGCCCUGGGGAAGACCAGGACUUCAAGGAGGAGACGCAAGCACGGAGAAGGGAGAGCCAGAGAGAGAAGGCGGAAGGAGACGCAGAGAUUCAUGUGGUGUCCGCCGGGGAGCCCACGAAUCCAGUGGGGAUGGAAGCCCACCUGACGCCGUCCAGAGCCAGCUUGCAAAAGUUUCUAAGCAAGCUCGAGAACCAGAAAUACCAUAGGAUGGCCAAGGGCGUGGUUAAGAGCGACAGUAUACUUGGGUGUCCCGAGGCAGGAACCUCUCUGGAUGAAAAGCACUGGCUCUUCUGCAGCCCCAGAUCCGGAUGGGAGCCGCCCCAACUGGAUGCGCUGGUGCAGGGCUCCCUUCAGCUUCACCCGCAAGAACAGGCAGACAGGGUUGGCUUGAUGGCGGCAAUGCAGAAGCAGAAAAUGCAGGUGGAGCAAAGAAGACUAAAGCAGCUGGACCUGCUCGAGCAAAUCGAACACCACAAGGUGAGUUUGGAGGCCGACCUCCAGACGGAGCUGAAAGACGGCAGGAGGGAACAGAGGCAAGCUCGUCGGGUUCAUCCAAAGCCUGACUCCCCUCCAGACCCGGAGAAGGAAGGCGGGUAUGACCGCAGCCCCACUUCCCCCUCGGCUGCCAUCAUCGACGAUGACAGGCACAGUCAGAUGAUCCGUGACAUUCAACAGCAGAUUCUAGAGCAAAACAAGUUGCACAAGCAGUUUCUUAAAGAAGCCAGGAAACGCUUGCUGGAGUUUCAGAAAAUAUGUUAAAAGUGAGAGUCCCACCCAUGGUAAAUACAUCACUGAUAACUGGG